AUGAAUUUUAUACCUCCCAAUACUAAACGUAUUGCUGAAGCCCUUGGUAAUAUUACACAGUUACCAAAAGAUAUGCAAAUGGCUGUAACAAACAAACUUGAUGAAAGUUUUCAGCCAGUAUCAAAACCUGAUCAUGAUGAUUGGUUGAGCAUUCAUAAAGUACAAGGACAAACUAUGAAAUCAUUUGAACGUACCAGAUCAAAAGCUAUUCCCCAUGCAACUUAUAAAACUAUCUAUAUUCAGCCAGUUGGUAGUUUUAAUCAUCCACGAGUUAUACCACUCAAUGUAAUUAUUGAAUUUGUACGUAUAUUUUUUCCUGGAUUUUUUUUUUAUCUUUUUAUUUCGUAUGUGCAUUGUGAAGAAUGUGGAUGUAAUAAAAUCCCAUCGAUAGAAGUGAUUAAUGAUGAAGGAUUAGCUAAUGGAAUUAAAGAAGUUCGUGAUGAUUUUCUUGCAAGACAACCAUCAAGUAACUUUAAUCGGUUAUCUGCAACAAUACUUAUCAGAGAGAAAGAUACACAAACAUGGAAAAGAGGUAGUGUAGACGGUACUUUAGUAGCAUAUCCAGCAUCAACAGUAAAAUUAAUGUAUAUGUAUUCAGCUAUGGAAUGA